GGUGGGCGGAUCGGUGUCUUCUGCCGCGGCUGUAGACCUGAGCUGUCCGGCAGCUCGAGGUGCCCUCUCCGCCGCACGGUUCCCGCUGCUGCCGCCGCCAUGUAUCUCUGCAGGGCCGCCUCGCAGGCGCUGGCCUCUCGCCUGAGCAGGGCUCCCUCUGCUGCGAGCCGCCUCAAGCAGCGUGCACCUCUUCGCCAGAUGUCAUCUGGGAGUGUUCCUGGCUCAUCUGGAGAGUCCAUGUUUUACUAUCUUCUUACUGGUGUUGCUGCUUUUGGUGGUUUAUUUUAUGCUUACAGAAUAGUCAGUUCAUCCCGCAGCAACUACAUUGAACAUGUGAAUAUUCUUCAUGAGAGAUCUCAGGGGCGGAAAGACAAACGUGAUGAAGAAGAGACGGCUGAAGUCACUGAAGCAGAGACAGCCAUGGAAGAGGCUGAUGCAGUAGCUGCUGCUGGACCUGCAGCACAGGAUGAGAAUGCUGGGGUAUCCCCAGAAACUGGAGGGGAGAAUGACCUACCAGCUCCAGAACCAUCCCCGGCUGUGGAGAAAGCACAGCAGGAAGCUGCUGCUGACUUGGAAGUUGCUGCUAAUUCAGAAGCUGCUGCAGUGCAAGAAACUGUGAGUGAAGUCUUGGAUGUUUCAGCUUCUUCUGCCCAUGAGGAAAACUUAGACAGUGUCAAGGAAGGAGUAGCCUCAGCAGCUCAAGAGAUUUCUGACACAUCCUCCAAGAGCCAGGAUGCUGAUGCUGAGGAGUCGGGGCAGACUUCAGAAGUUUCUGUGGAGGAGAAGACACCUGAAGAAGUUGCUAAGGAACCCUAAAGUAAGCAGUGCUGAAGCCUUUGAAAAGAUUUAACGGAAAUAUUUGUGCAAUCAACCAGCUGAUUCCUGUGUGAAAUCCCAUACUCUUCCUUGGAGACAAAAGAAUUUGUGCAGUUUCUCAUACCACGUGCUGCUCAUUAGGACCAGUAUUCAGUGCUGCAACAGACAACCUAAUACGAUUUAAGUUGGUUAGAGAGAUGCUUCUGUGAUUAACAUCUCUGCUUUAAAGUAGCAUCCAGUAAUAACUUCCAAAGCACAGCCCAGCAUGUAACAAAUACACGUGCUAAGAGAAGCAGUAGAAUUAAUUGAAACCAUGUCAGGUGAACUCAUUCUAGGUCUGUGUUGUCUUGUUACGUACAUUAAUGUCUUACUUUUGGUCCAAACUGUGGUGCAUAGUUAUACCAUUUUAACAUUCCAUGCUAAAAUGUAAGUAAAAGGUUUUAACUAAUUUAAAAGCUUAUAAAAAAUACUUAUUUUUUUUUAAAUUGGGUCAUGGUGAAAAUAAUAACCUUUCUUUCUCCCAAGUUAGGAUUUGCAAUUGUAAGCACAGGACAUUUGGCUGUAUACGGUCUGAUUUUCCCCUUAUGUAAACAUUUUAGAUACUACUCUUCCUUGUACAAUAGUAUCCAGGAGUAAACAUUUUUAAGGCUCCUCCUUUGAGAACAAAACCUGUUUACAAGUAGUAGCAACAGGUACUUUAUAGCAUGAAAAUUCAAAAUAGCCAUGUUUGAAGUUACUGUCAUUGGUUGAAGUGGUGGCUCCAACCUUGGGUGAGCUGGGCCUUGUUCCUACCAAACCUUGCUGUAGUCUUUCUGUGUUGUUAUGUCUUAACAGUGGCGUAACAACAUGGAGGUUUUCAGAGAACACUUGUACAAAUCACAAGCAAUUCAGGCUAUGGUAAAGCUCCUCUCUGAGUGCUGGCAGAUGGCCAGCAAAAUCCCUGUGGAAGGUUAUGUCACAUGUGUUCAAAUGGACAAGGACUCUUAGGGACUAAGAACAAACAGAAUAGAUAUAUAAUCUUGUUAGUAUUAUCUUAAUAAUGAAAAAUUCUGUAACGAAUUAUGGGUUUGUAUGACACUGUUCUUCUCAACCUCCAUUGUGCUUUGUGCAUGUGCAUGAGUGUGCAUCUACUACAGAAUCUUUACUGAGACCCAUUCCAGCCUUCAGAAUGGCAAUCAUUCUAAACUGGGAUCAAAUUAAGGUAUAUUAGACACACUUUACGUAGAAAGUGUGAAUUACAA